AAAUUUUUGACCUUAGAUGCUAUUAAAGAUGUCAGACGAAAUUGUAUGGCAAAUCAUAAAUCAACAAUUUUGUUCCUAUAAAGUCAAAACUGUAACCCAGAACUUUUGUCGAAAUGAAUAUAAUGUUACAGGGUUUUGUAGUAGACAAUCAUGUCCUUUAGCUAAUUCUAAAUAUGCAACAGUUCGUGAGAUUGAUGGUGUAAUUUAUUUGUACAAAAAAAUUCCUGAUCGGGCAAAUAUGCCAGCUAAAAUGUGGGAACGUGUUAAAUUCUCAAAAAAUUAUUCUAAAGCAUUAGAGCAGAUUGAUAAUGAAUUAAUGAAUUGGCCAAAUUUUUUGAUUCAUAAAUGUAAACAACGUUUAACCAAAAUAACACAAUAUUUAAUACGGAUGAGAAAAUUAAGAUUAAAAGAUCGACCGAAACUUGUUGGUAUCAAAAAGAAAGUUGAGAGGCGUGAGGCUACAAGAGAACGAAAAGCUGAAGCAGCAGCACGAUUGGAUAAAACUAUUGAAAAAGAAUUGAUUAACCGUCUAAAAAGUAAAGCAUAUGGCGACACGCCACUCAAUGUUAAUGAAGACGUAUGGAGAUCAGUCUUGGAAGGUGAUAAAGUUGAGGCAGAAGAUGAUAUCACUAGUGAAAGUGAAGUUGAAGACUUGGAAGUUGAAAAUGAAUUUGUUGAAAAUGAUAGUGAAAUUGAAUUAGAAGAUUUAGAAGAUAUUCUCGAGCAUCAUCAAGAGAAAUACGAAGAGGAGAAUAGUGACACAGAAAGCUCUGAAGAAAUAGAUAACGAUGAGGAAGAAGAGGAGGAACAAGAAAUCGAAGCGAAAGAGAAUAACAAAAGCAAGAGAAGAACUAUAAAUAAAGAUCCUCGACCGAAAAAGAAAAAACGUGGAACAUAUGUUGAAGUUGAAUAUGAACAUGAGCACGAACAGUCUAUUUCCGAAUUACCCACCUGGUAAACUCAUUUGGAUUCA